AUGAACAGCAGCGCUAGGGACCUGGGUGUUGGCGGCUGCAGCCCCUGGGAUGACCCUGCUCGCUUCAUCGUGGUGCCCGCGGCCUACGCCUUGGCGCUCGGCCUGGGGCUGCCAGCCAACUUGGCGGCCCUGGCAGUGUUCGUCCGCAGCGGCAGGCGCCUGGGCCAGGCCCUGCGUCUCUACCUGCUCAACCUGGCGCUGGCCGACGUGCUCUUCACGCUCACGCUGCCGCUGUGGCUCACCUACUACCUGGGCCCGGCCCACUGGCCCUUCCCGGAGUCCGCCUGCCGCGCGGCCGGGGCCGCCUACUACGUGUCCACCUACGCCGCCGUGGCCUUCGCCGCGCUCAUCAGCGUGUGCCGCUGCCGCUCGGUGCGCCGACCCGGGCCCAGGGCGGCCGCCCGCCAGGCGCUGCGCCGCCGGGGCCCCGCCCGCGCCGCCUGCGCCGCCGCCUGGCUGGCCGGCCUGGCCUGCGCCGCGCCCUCGCUGGCCGCACCGCGCGCGCUGCGCCCCGGGCCGGGCGGCGCCGCUCGCUGCCUGGAGCGCGGCUGGGCGCGCGCGGGACUGGCCUACGCCACCGUGGCCUUCUUCGCCGCCGCCUUCCUGCUGGUGCUCGCGGCCUACGUGAGCCUGGCGCGGGCGCUCGCGGCGCCCUCGGGCCAGGCCCCAGGCCCGGCCCCCGCCAGCCCGCACCGGCGCGCGGCCAGGACCAUGGUGCUGGGGCUCCUGCUGGUCUUCGCUGUCUGCCUGGCGCCUUAUCACCUGCUGCUGGCGCCCUGGGUGGCCGGGCAGGAGGGCGUCGCGGGCCGCGGCGACAACGGGUGCCGCGCCGCCUCCACACUCGACGUCCUACACACCCUCAGCCUGGCGCUGCUCAGUCUCAACAGCUGCUUGGACCCGCUCAUCUACUGCUUCUCCGUGCGCCGCUUCCGCCAGGACUGCUGGGCUCUGAGUUGCCGCCCCGAGGCCGGGGCGCCCGGGGCGCACGCAGCCUCCUUGGCCUCCUCGGCCUCCUCCUGA